ACUAAUUUGAUAAAAAAGGCAAAUGCCAAGGGGAAACUAGUAAGGUAUAAAACCGUGGUUUGCUGUUACGCUUGUUUGUGCCGCCCGAAAUGAGCAAAGGUGGGUUUCAUCAAUAAGCGCGGUGAAGGUGAAGUGUUUGUUUCAUGCUCUCAUAAUGGCGGUUCCUCUAAGAAUGAACCACAACAAGCGCGGCGUGCUCGCUCGUUUGAAGACUCUCGUCAACUCUCAGAGCUUCCACUCCCCUGCGCCAAAACGACCAAAGCAAGAUCGACCGUCUCCCAAAGAAGACUUGGAUUACUCUACUUGCCGAGGCCGCAUUGACGUCUCAAAUUGGAAGACUUUGGAUGCAAAGGAGCUUGGUAUAACUAGUUCUAUGAUUUCAUACCCAUCUCAGUUUGUCCUGAAUCUUCUUCGUAGCAAAGGGUUUGAGUCCUACUUAGUAGGUGGGUGUGUGAGAGAUCUACUGCUGAAUAGAACUCCAAAAGAUUUUGAUGUUAUCACCACAGCAGAGCUUAAGGAGGUGAGAAAGCAGUUUCGUCGUUCAGCUCGUGCCGAAGUUGUUGGACGUCGUUUUCCAGUAUGCUUGGUUCAUAUAAAAGGUUCUGUUGUUGAGGUGACCAGUUUUGAGACAGGCGCACGAACUUCCAAAGGGAAGGAACAAUCGUUAUACACCCUGUUGCCCAAGUGCAGUAAUAAAAAAGACUUGUUUCGCUGCAAAAACUCCUUGCGCAGGGACUUCACAAUUAAUAGUUUAUUUUAUGACCCCUUUGCCAAUAAAAUCUACGAUUAUACAUGUGGAAUGGCCGAUUUGAGGUCCUUAAAGCUAGAAACUGUUAUCCCUGCUAAGCUGUCCUUUAAAGAGGAUCCUGGAAGAAUUUUGCGUGGCUUCAGAAUUACAGCUCGGCUUGGUUUAUCAAUAUCAACGGAGACUGAGGCGGCAAUCUGGACAUAUUCUUCACUAGUUAAGAGCUUGGACAAGAAUAAAAUUAUGAUUGAAUUGAACUACAUGCUGUCUUAUGGAGCUGGUGAACCAUCUCUACGUCUACUUUGGAAAUUCAAAUUGCUUGAAUUUUUACUUCCUGUACAUGCAGCAUAUCUUGAUGAACAAGCUAUUAAAGAAGAUGCCCAGGCUUCCAAUAUGUUGAUGAAAUUAUUCUUUCAUCUGGAUAAUCUGGUAGCAUGCGAUCGACCUUGUGAUUGCACUCUAUGGAUUGGAUUGCUAGCAUUUCACCUGGCAUUAGUAGAUGAUCCUCAAGAUGCUCUAGUGGUGUGGGCAUUUGCUUCUGUUCUAUAUCACGGGGAAUGGGAAAGUGGUGUUAAAUUUGCUAAAGAACAUGCAAAAACGAGUGUUAAUUUUGUACCUGAAAUAAGGACGUCCAGUAUAUAUAAAUCAGAUGAAGAAAUUGCAAAAGCAGUCACUAAAUUGGCAUCUUUGGUGAUGCACUCCAUACCUGCUCUGGUUGAGCACAAUAGUCUUCUUCAGUCCAUGUCUAGAUACCCAUCUUUUCCACGAUCUGGCAUGGUAUUUGUACCCAGGAAAGCAGGGAAACUUGCUUCUGCGAUUUUCAAAAUGCUGGCUAGUGAUGUUCAAUUAUAUAAGAGUGAAAGAAGAAAAAAUUCAAAGAUAAAUUAUGGCAUGCUUGGUAUGGGGCACCUUUCAGAGACUGGAUUUGUUUUGGGCAAAAUUAUUCUUGAAACUAUGAAUAGUGGAAUCGUUGUGGAUGGGGAGGAUUCUGAAGCUGGACAAUGUCAACUGAAGACUGAGGGCACCGAAGAAAUUGGUCAAUCGCAACUUUCAGAUCUAGUAAACCAUCAAUUAGCGGCAAUGAAUGAUGAAGGACAACUUUUAUCAAUACCAAAUUCAGAAAGUAGGCAAGGAAAAAACAAGAAACGGAAAUUGGUUGAGAAUAUUGCAGUUGCAGAUAAGAAAAUGGUCUCAGGGAACCAUGAAUUGUUUGAGAAACAUGAAUACAAAGAAAAUAAAGAAGAGCACCAGAAGCUUGUUAAGUUAAGCCAGAAGGCUAAUCUGUCUUCGACGAAGGACUCUUUGCCAGAAAACAAAAUUAAUAACAGAAAAUGGCUGACAAAUGAUAGGAAGAAAAUCACCAGUGCCAAUCAAAGUUCUUUAGACCAGGCUAGGCAUGUGAAGACGGAGGAACACAGCACAUGUCCACCAUCACAAUCUACAUUAUCUGAGAAUCAUCAGGUCAUAGCUAACAACUACAACAUAGACUUGGAUGCAAAAACAACAAAUGAGUCAGACUCAAAGAAGAAGAGAUCGCAUUUAUCACUUGUUGAGAUCUUUAAAGUGAAAGAAAGCCAGAAACCACAUAAAAACAAGCUAAGUAAGCCUCAACUCCCAGUCUCUUCUAGUGAUGAAUAACAAUUUUUGGUAGUAGCAGAUGUUUUAUUUCCUUCAGCAUAGUUCAGAGACAAAACAGGAAGCAGAAGAUAUUCUAGCUAUACUUUUGGCUAGAAACAGAAUUGAGCCUCUUACUUCCCUUAAAAUUUAGUGGUUUACAAAAAACUCAGUUCCUCUCAUGCUUUAUAUUUUUUAAGGCUAUGCUGGGUCUAUAUUUUGUCACUAUUGAGAGAUAUCCCUUCCCUCCACCUUUUAUUGUGACAAAAAACGAGGGAAGCGUGGCUUUUCAGGAUUCAUUAUGUAAAUUAAUCCAAAAGGAACUAAACAUACGAAGAGAUAGAAGUGGUGUAUUAAUCUAUCAUCAUUCUCUGCA